AUGGUUGAUGCGUUGCUUAAUACAGUGAUUGAUAGCAUAAAAUCUUUGGCACAGGAUCAGCUUGCAACGUUUUUGGGUGUUCAUCAACAUACCCGAAAGCUAACUGGACAUCUCACUGCAAUCCAUGCUGUACUCCAAGAUGCUGAGGAAAUGAGAAUGACAAGCCAUGGCCAUGCCGUUAAGGUUUGGCUGCAGAAGCUCACUGAUGCUGCUCAUGUUCUCGACGACAUAUUGGACCAUUGUUCAAUCCAGUCCAACAGACAAAAUUCACACACAACGUGCUUAACCCCUUUCCAUCCUAACAACGUUCUGUUUCGUUGGCAUGUUGGUAAGAGGAUGAAAGAUAUCACCCAAAGAUUUCAUGAUAUUGAUGAAGAAAGGCGCUUGUUUGAAUUUCGUGCUGGGAGAGUUGUGGGGACCCAAAGCCAACCUCAAGUUGAAGAAUGGCGUCAAACUAGCUCUGCCUUCACUGAACCCAAAUUAUAUGGAAGAGACAAAGACGCAGAGCAGAUUGUGGAGUUUCUUCUCAGCCAUACCACCAACAACACUGAAGGCCUCUCAAUCUAUCCCAUUGUUGGUUUGGGUGGACUUGGAAAAACAACUCUUGUACAACAGGUCUUCAAUGAUGAAAGGGUAACCACACAUUUUGACUUGAAAAUAUGGGUUUGUAUUUCUGAUGAUUUCAGUAUCAACAGAAUUAUGCUAUCUAUCAUAGAAUCUAUCACCGGAAAAAACCCCAACCUCUUGACUUUAGAAGCACUGCAAAAAGAAGUUCGAGAACUGUUGCAGAGCAAAAGAUAUUUACUUGUUUUGGACGAUGUGUGGAAUGAAGACCAAGACAAAUGGAACAAGUUGAAGGAGUAUAUGUUGCAGUGUGCAAGGGGAGCAAAAGGUGCUUCAAUUUUGGUCACUACUCGACUUGAGAAUGUUGCCAACAUCGUGAGAACAGUCUCUGUUCAUUACUUGUCAUCUUUAUCAGAGGAUGACAAUUGGUCAUUGUUCCAACAUCAUGCAUUUGGACCAGAUAAGGAAGGGCCUGCAGAGCUUGUAUCAAUAGGCAAGGAAAUUGCGAAAAAAUGUGCCGGUUUGCCUCUUGCAGCCAAAGCACUGGGAGGCCUUUUGCAUUUUAAAAGUCAGAAAAGUCAAUGGCUUAGUGUAAAGGAGAAAAUACCCCAUGAUAAUAUCAUCAUGGCUGUUUUGCAACUGAGCUACUUUAAUUUGAAGUUAUCAUUGAGGAGAUGCUUUUCUUUUUGUGCCAUCUUCCCCAAAGAUAAAAAAAUCUCGAAGGAAGAUCUAAUUCAUCUCUGGAUGGCAAAUGGAUUUAUUUCAUCGAGAGGAAGUUUGGAGGUGGAGGAUGUUGGUUAUGAGGCGUGGAAUGAAUUGUACCAGAGAUCAUUUUUCCAAGAUGUCCAGAUUGAUGCAUUCAGUCAAAUUACAAGUUUCAAGAUGCAUGAUCUCGUUCAUGAUCUUGCCCAGUCUAUUAUGGGUGAGGAAUGUGUGGUUUGUGAGCCUGCAAUGUUGACCAAAUUGUCAAGUAGAGUCCACCAUAUAAGUUGCUUAAAAUCUGAUGAUGAUAAGCAUCCACGAUUCAAGUUGAACAUGGGUGCCUUCAAGAAAUUUGAAUCAUUGCGGACUUUUCUUCAGUCUAAAUAUCCAUCAUCGCCAAAUGCCUGGGUGUUGCCAUCAGUCCAUUCUCUCCGAGCAUUAUCUACAAGCUCUUCUCAACUCUCGGCACUCAAGAAUUUAAUACAUUUAAGGUAUUUGAACAUUCAUCGCAGUGCCAUCUCAACGUUGCCUAAUUCUAUUUGCGAAUUACAGAAAUUGCAAAUAUUGAAACUGAAAAAUUGCCGAAAGCUUUCUUGUUUGUCCAAAGACUUGACACGAUUACAAGAACUCAGACAUCUUGUGAUUGAAGGCUGUGAUUCAUUAGUAGCGAUGCCUCCCAAUAUGGGGAAGUUAAGCUGUCUGAGAACAUUGAGCACUUUCAUUGUGGGUUCGAAGGUAGGGUUUGGCUUAGAUGAGUUACAUGGCUUACAACUGGGAGGCGAGCUACAUAUCAGAGGUCUUGAGAAUGUCUCCAAUGAAUGGGAUGCUAAAGAAGCCAUUUUGAUUGAUAAAAAUGACCUAAAUCACUUAUCUUUGCAAUGGGGUAGCAAUAAUGCUAAUUCAGAGGGUACCAUUAAUGCUGAGCACGAGAGAGUACUUGAAGCCCUUCAGCCUCCCUCAAAUCUCAAGAGUUUUAAGAUGAGGGCAUACAUGGGGGCACAACUGCCCAGUUGGAUGAGAAAUACCUCAUUUCUCGAAGGCUUGGUUGAUGUUACACUCUUCGACUGCAACAACUGUCAGCGGCUUCCUCCAUUUGGUAAAUUCCCGCAUUUAAAAUCUCUUUACCUAUAUGGAAUGAAAGAUUUGAAAUACAUAGAUGAUGACUCGUACAAUGUUGUGGAGGAGAAGGCUUUUCCAUCCUUAAACAUACUGAGUUUGUCGAAUUUACCAAAUGUGGAGAGCCUGAUGAGAGAUGAAGGAGUAGAGAUGUUCCCACGUCUUUCCAAAUUGAGAAUUUCGGAAGUCCCCAACCUUAAAUUGCCAUGCAUUCCUUCUGUUGAGUCCCUUUACUAUGGUUCCCUUGCAGACGCGACUUCCUUCCCAGAAGGGAUUUUGAGGAAUUUGCGUAGUCUUAAUACACUGCGUAUUAAGGGUUUAUACAAACUCAAGGCAUUGCCCGACGAACUCGGCAGCCUCAGUGCAUUACAACAACUAGACAUUUCUUACUGUCCUGAACUUGAGUGUUUUCCAGAGCAUGUGUUGCAAGGUCUGACUUCUCUUCGAUCUCUGCAUAUUUGGUUUUGUGAAAAAUUGAAAUCUUUGUCUGAAGGAGUGGGACACCUAACUUGUCUUGAGAGCCUCGAAAUCUUGCGAUGUCCAGAGCUGGUGAGUCUACCCAGCAAUAUGAACCAGCUAAUUGCUCUUCGUCGCGUGAUGAUCAAGGGCAGCACAUUACCAGAAGGCUUAGAACGUAUCCCCUCCCUACAAAGUUUGUAUGUACGGGGAGAUCAUGGGCUAGUUUCGUUGCCUGACUGGUUGGGAGACAUUACUUCUCUUCAAGAACUAGUAAUCGUUGGAUGUACGGAGUUGAGGUCACUACCAAAUAGCUUUCAACACCUCACCAACUUGCAUACAUUAUAUAUUGAGGGUAGCCCUAACCUGGAGAAGAGGUGCGAGAGGGGAACAGGGGAAGAUUGGCAAAACAUAGCCACGUCCCACAAAUCGAAUUCGAAGGACGUCCAUCUUCAGAAGAUAGCUCAUGUUGUGGUAACUUCAUUUUUGUAG